AUGAGAUCCACUUCCAGAAAGAAAAAACAAACUCCCCAAUCCAGAUCAAUGAUGAUUAGUUUUCCAACUUGGAUAGUGUUAGGUCUUACCUUGACCAGUGUUAUUGCCCAAUCUACUGAAGUUAUUACAACUUCAGAUACAGCUUCAGAUAUAGAUUUGUGUCCACGUUUCCAUGAGGGAAACAUACCACCUUUCUUAUCAAGUUGUGAUUCCAAGAUUAAUGAAUGUAUCUCUAAUAACUUUGUUAAACAGUUCGAUUUUUGUCAAGCUUGUGUUGCCGUUGAUAGUACAGAUUUGAAGGAUGUUAAUAAUUGUCUUUGUGUUCAAUGUGGAUUAAAGGCAUUGGUUGAUGAUUGUUUUAAAGAUCAUUGCACGGAUAAAUCACAACUGGUAACCUUGAACAGAUUGUUAGAUGGGUUCUCAACCAAACGUCCAAAAUUUAACGUUGCUGAAAUGCCCACUGUGGAAAAUCCGCCUUUAGGUUAUUUUGAUUCAGAAGACGGUACUGGUAAAUACAGAAAUCUUCUCUCGUUUGAAAGAAAAUCAUUGGUACAAACUAUUGUUUAUCUGUUACAACCAAUCGAUGAGACUAGUACAGAUGUUGAUGCCCAAUUUUGGUGGAAAAAAAGGAACAAUAGAAAACACAAAGAUGAGGAAAAAGAUAAUAGUGGGGAUGAUCCUGGUAUUGAGGAAGGGUUUAAACCACCUCUCAUUUACACCACGACAGAUACAUAUACUACAUAUAUUCCUAAGGAGAAGACAUAUACUACUUGGAAACCAAAAACUAUCGAGACCACAGUUAUCAUUGAUCAAUGCGAGGGGAAGAGGUCAGUGACUACUAUUGCGGACACUCUUUACAUUACUGAUUAUGACACAAUCUACACUACCGACUAUGAUGUAUCUACUACUACCGAAUAUAAUACAAAAUAUAUUAAAAAACUAAAAACCAAGUAUCUCCAUGAUUAUGUUACUUUCACAGAAACAGAUUUUGAUUUAAUUACGAAAACAAAAUAUAAACAUGAUUUUAUUACUACUACAGAAACUGAAAUUGAACCCAGCACAAGGAUUAUUAAAGUUGGUAAAACGACAAAAACCGUUUCAGUGCCCGCAACUGUAACUCAAACUAAAACAAACACAGAAACGAAAUAUAAAUUCGAAUUAAAACGUAAAGUGAAGGUGACAACAUCCACCACGGUCAAAAUUGAAUCAAAAACAGCCACAAUAACCACCAUAAAGACCAAAAAAAGAUGGAUCCCAAGGACCACUACGGUGACAGCAGUGUCUUUAGCUACAACUACAGUAAACGGUAUGCCAUUGGUACCUAUGCUUUCUGGAAUUAAAUUUGGACUUUAUGAUGCAUCCGAGAACGAACUGGGAGAACAAAGAAGUCAGCCUUUAGAGAAGAGAUAUCCUAAUGAAAAAGUUGAACCUACAAUGACAGAAUAUAUGUCCCUGUACGCAACAGUCACUGAGCCAAGAAGUAAAAAAACAUAUUCUUUUACGGACUUUUAUUCUACUCCUCAGGUUGUAAGGAAUAAUGACAGGUAUCAGACAAAUUUCUCUAUUCCUCCGGACUCUACCUCUUCUGCGUCAAAGCUAAGUUCUCAACUUAUGGUUUAUACAUUUUUCACCGUAAGCUUGCUGAGUUUGUCAUUAAUGGGAAUGGUCAUUAUUCCAGAAUCCCAUUUACAACAAACCUACGAUCAACCCAAGAGUUCAUUAGAGGUGACAAAUCUAAAUGAAGAAGCAGCGAAGACUACAUUUCACAGACUACAAGAGAAUGAAACUAAUGAAGAAAUGGCCAUAAUCUUAAGUGUUGAUUAA